AUGGUUGAAGACAAUGCCCCAACAAAAAGGCGACGUGUCACAAAUCGGGUGGGGUGCAACGCCAGAAUAAUAUUCAAGAGAGCGAAGGACAAUAAUGGUUAUGAGGUUUAUGCAAUAGAAGAACGCCAUAACCACUUGUUACGCACAGCAAUUUCUAGGCCCUUCAUGAAGGCAAACCGGAAGCUUGACCUUGGGCACCAAAACUUCAUCAUCAAUUGUGCAAAGGCAAAUAUCGGGUAUAACAAAUCCUUUACACUAUACGAAGAGAUGGUGGGAGGGUUUGCAAACGUUGGCGCUACAGUAACAUAUUUUGGUAAUUUCAAAAGAGAUAUAAUGGCAUACAUUGAAGGUGCAGAUGCCCAACUAGUGCUUGACAAGUACAUGGCAAAGAAAGAAGUGUCAACUGACUUCUACUUUGCCCAUGAUGUUGAUGAACUUGACCAACUGUGCAGAAUUUUUUGGGCAGACCCACAGGCUCGCCACAACUUCAAACUAUUCGGUGAUGUUAUGUCCUUCGACGCCACAUACAGUACAAACAGGUACAAGAUGGUGUUUGUGCCAUUCACGGGGGUUGACCACCACAAGAAGAGCGUGACAUUCGCAGCCGGAUUAAUUACCAGAGAAGAUGUGGACUCCUACGCCUGGUUGCUAGAACACUUCAAAAAUGCCAUGGGUAAAGUACCAGCCUGCACAGUUACUGACCAAGACCCCGCAAUGAGAGUCGCAAUAGCACGAGUUUUUGAUACAACACGCCACAGAUUCUGCAUGUGGCACAUAAUGACAAAGGUUUGUGAGAAGGUAGGGCCAACAUUAGCGAGUAAUGAAGAUUUCCUAAAAAGCCUCAACGAUGUGGUUUGGAGUGAGACGCAAUCAAUUAGGGAGUUUGAAACAGGUUGGCAAACAGUGAUGGAAAAACACAAUCUAGUUGAGCACAAAUGGUUUACCCACCUGUUCGAGAUACGUGAUCAUUGGAUACCAGCAUUCUUCAACGACGUAUUCAUGGGUGGCUUAAUUAGAACAACCUCAAGGUCAGAAUCUGAGAACAACGUAUUCAGCAACUGCACUUCUCCCCAUUUCAGUUUAACGCAGUUCUUCAUUCAAUUUGAAAAAGCAAUAGACAAACAACGCCACAACCAAUCACAACUAAACGCAAAUUGUGAGGACAAGUUCCCAGUGUUGAAAACGCCUAUAUUGCUAGAACGCCAAGCUGCUGCAACGUAUACAAUUGCUGUUUUUUAUGAUGUCCAAAAAGAGAUAGUGAAAGCCUGCUUCUCAUCCCAAGUUGUUAACAAAACAGUUGAAGGAAGCACUACCACAUUGCUGAUAGAGGACACGAACACAGUGUUCCAUUCUGUGGAAUACAAUCAUAUAGAGGGGAAAGCAAAAUGCUCAUGCAAUAUGUUCUAA